AUGGAGGAAUUGCUUUGUCAAGUGCAGGAUGUGUACGGUGAUGAGAGUUUGGCUGUUUUGGACUUUGAAGAUGGCGAUGACCUUGACGAUGAUGCCCACUUGACGAACCGAGGACGUCGUGUUGCUCACUCUCCGGUGUGGAAUAAAGGGCCCGUGAGUUCGACCCUACCCUCGCCGCGUUCGGAUUCCCCGAACGUGCAGAUGCCACCACGACGGCUUCAGCGCCCAAGCACCGAUGACGAGGCGCCCUUGAGCCCACGAGCCCUUGUGCCUCAGCUCUGCUCCUCCGCCCACGUAGGCCUCGCCUCACGCAGCUUCUCCACUUACGAGAUGAGUGAGAGUGACACUACCGCCACCAGCGACGAUGAUCUAGCGGAUAGAAGCCGUGGAGGUAUCAAGGCAACUUUUAGGGAGAGGGCUCGUGAGCCCGGUGAGAGUCGUCGUUUACUACGGAAGGCGAACAGGACUCCUCUGCCUCCGCAGGAACUGACGACGGCGGAGGUCACGCACCAUAGGGACGGUACGCAGCUCCACGAUAACACCUCCACCAUCGACAACGACUAUGAGGAGGAGCAGUUGCAGCCAGUGAGCUGUGGGACGGGCCACAAGCAUCCAGGGCGUAUCUACGCGGACACUGAUAUUAAUGUCUCCGUUGAUGCCCUCUUCGCCUGUCUUUUCACUGACUCCCAGUUUUUCGCAAAUUUCUGCGCCCACCGAGGUACCUUCGAUGUGGAGCAGAGCCGGUGGCCACCCAAGCCAUGGCCUACGCCCACCACCGGGGAUGCUAUCCUUCACCGCAAGAUCUCCUACGUCCUCACCCUUAAACAGCGUCUCGGCCCUCGCACUUGUAGAGCUUUUGAAAGUCAAGCCAGAUUGAUCCUGUCAUUUCUCCGCGAGCAAUGGUGCCAGCGGUCCAUCAGUAUCGCCGGACAUGACUUUUUUCUCAUUCCUUUCGGCUACCAUUAUGCCUGCCAUUGCUCAGUGGCAAUCCUUGCAUAUGUUGGUUUAAUUGUGCUGGAUGAUGUUGUGGAAAGAACCACUAGUCUAUCAAUCAAAUUAUAUAUGCAAAGUUAA